AUGCAACAAAGAUCUUCUAGUACGCGUAUUAAGUCAUUCCUACUGCAUAGUGUAGCUACUGCUAGCCUUUUGUGGUCAUUCAAUUGGGUCGAAAAAAAUGGUGAUUUGGCUAUCCGAAAUUCAUACGGAUCUCACUUUCAGCAUUUAACUAUUUUAUCCUUGGCUAUAACAUUGCUUACUAUGUUGGUAAGCCUGCUGGCCGACAUUACAGACUGGAAGGUUUUCCACAACAUUAAGCCCGUUCUUUUGUAUAUAGUAUGUCCUCUUGAGUCAAUUGUUACAGUCCUAUACUGGUCUAUUGUUAUGUACGACCGUAGUCUGCUCAUUCCUAAAACCAGGCCUAUCCAGUUGCCCUUGGACUUUGACUUGAGUGUCCAUUUGAUGCCUACUGUAUUUUGUUUGCUUGAUUAUUUAUUUUUCUCUCCUCCCUUCUCCUUGUCCUUCAAGGUGUCUACUUUGUUGUACCUUGCCGUGGCUUUCAGCUACAUGUGGUGGGUUGAGAAAUGUUAUGAGGUUAACAAGUUUUAUGCGUAUCCUAUCCUAGCUAUUUUAGAGCCAGUACAAAAGGGCAUUUUGUACGGAACUGCCUGUGUCCUUUCGUUACUAUCUUAUAUUGUCUUAAAAACAGUACAUCCUUACGCACUUCCUCCUCACAAUGCCAGAUAA